GAACAAAAUUCUCCCAAACUUUCUUCGUCAACUGGCCGGAGUACUCCGGCCAGUCUCAGAGUCCAGGCUCCAACUAGCGAAUCGGCCCAUUUGAUUGGUCUGACGUGGACCUUAAAGCAAGCCAGGGUGGCCAAAACCUGCUUUGCGAUUGGAAGGCUGUCGGCAUGCUUAUAUGGCAAAUUGCAAUGCUGGCUUAUGCUGCAAUUGCUAAUAAAGUGACGCGUGAAGUUGACAGAUUUGUGUGAAUCAGAAAAAGUAUUGAUCAAAAGCAAACUUGAAUUGUAGGUAGGUAGGAACUUGCGAACAGGGCGGACAGGGCGUUCAAAGCCAACAGGUCUGGUGCAGCAGUGGAAGGCUUCUCUGUUGUGGAGUUGCAUUCUGAGUAAGGCUAUCAGCCUAGCAAAGAGUCAAGGGGAGGAUGGGGGGCCAGGUCAGCGUCGAUAGUAGUAACAGUGACAGUUCAACUAAUGCCAUCAAGGUGCCGGCACUGACAAGGGACUUGCAGCACAAGCAGAACAUUAUCUUGUUUGCUCGAGCUGGACGGGAUGGCCAGGGAAGCCCUCUAUUGUACGGGGUUAGCUUCAUCGGCGGGACGAACUGGCUUCAUGUGUAUGGGCCAGACACGUUGGUUGUUGAUGAAUACAGCAUACUGCAAGUGGACAAGGAUCCCCAGGAUCCUGCUAGCCUUCGAUUGUGGUGCCCAGCCAUUAGCGGCUCAGCAUGUUGGUUGGCGUCUGAUUCAAAGAGCCAGCUGUUCUUUACGACGAAAGAGUCUGAGGAGACUGUGUGGAGGAUGGGGGGCAUGUCCAUGAAAGCAGCGUCCCUGGUGAAUGUGAGGAAAGGCGGUCCUUCGUUCAUGAUCAGAGUGCAGCCAAUCCUUCACUCCUGGUAUGACCGAGUGGGGCUUCUUUGGGAACCAAAGGACUUAGCGCCGUACUAUUUGGCCCCGACUGCUCUUCAGGGACUUUGUCCAGUGUUUGAAAGAAGGUUGGUCCACUCGGCCCGGCAGCAACGAAAGGCUGCCAAAGAAGGUCCCGAUGGAAGCGUACAAAUUGGAGGUCAAGCAACACAAACUGUUCGAAGGUUGAAAGACUAACUUCAUCCUCCAUGUGGCAUGUUCUCAUCUGCUCGAGUUACUCUAUCGAAUGAAGGGUCAAGUCGGCUGUCAAUGCUUCGCGAUCAAAUGGCUAUCGAACUAGACAGUACGAGCCAGCCACAAGGCAAGUUUACGUAGACAGCCGUCGCACUAGAAUACAAAAAGACAGUCGUUGCAUCAGUACGCCAUGUCGUUGAUGCAUUCUUCAGGAUAUCUGGUCACAUGACUCUAGAUUGGAACUCAUCCAGGUUUCAGUAGACACGGUCUUACUGUCAAUUACUCGAAACUCUUCCAUGUCUAUAACUUGUGGGUCUGCAUGAUCUAU